ACCAUCUCCACCGCCGCUCGAUCUCUCUCCUCCGCGGCCACCCCCCCUUCCGCCGCCGACCCCUUCCGCGCCCACCCAUCCCACUAUCACCUCUCCGCUGUGAAAUCCAAAACCCACCUCCUCAAAUCAUACACAGUCACACCCCCAAUCAAACCCUGGCCCAAACACCUCUCCCCCAAACGCCUCAUCUCCAUCAUCUCCCGCCAACAAAACCUCGAUCUCUCCCUCCAAAUUUUUCACCACGCCUCCAACUACCACCCCAACUUCCACCACACCUACGACACCUUCCAGUCCAUCGUCCUCAAGCUCGCUCGGGCUCGCGCUUUCUCUCCCAUGGAAACCCUUCUCGAUCAACUUCACAAAUCCCAAAUCAAAUGCGGCGAAAACCUCUUCAUCACCGUCAUUCGAAACUACGGCAUCGCUAGCCGACCCAAACAAGCCCUUUUCACCUUCUUGCGAAUCAAAGAUUUUGGCGUCCAAUCCUCCGUAAGAUUGCUCAAUACCCUCUUGAAUGCUUUGAUUCAGAAUCACCAGUACCAGUUGGUUCAUGCUUUGUUUAAGAAUUGUCGUAAAAAGUUUGGUAUUAUACCCAAUGUGUUUACUUGUAACAUUCUGAUAAAGGGUUUGUGUAAGAACAAUGAGGUUGAGAGUGCGAUUAGGGUUUUGGAUGAGAUGCCCAGCAUGGGAAUGGUACCGAAUGUUGUGACUUACACGACUGUUUUGCGUGGGUAUGUGUCGAGGGUCGAUAUGGUUAGUGCCAAGAAGGUGUUCGAUGAAAUUCUUGACAGAGGUUGGGUUCCUGAUGCCAUGACGUAUACGAUUUUGAUGGAUGGGUUUUGUAAGCAGGGACGGUUGAUUGAUGCGGUGAAGGUUAUGGAUGAUAUGGAGGAGAAUGGUGUUGAACCUAAUGACGUGACUUAUGGAAUCAUGAUCGAAGCUUAUUGUAAAGAAAAGAAACCCGUGGAAGCGCUCAAUUUGCUCAAUGAUAUGCUAAAGAAGAAAUAUGUACCAAGCUUAGCACUUUGUUGUAGGGUGAUCGAUGCUCUGCGCGAAGAAGGGAAGGUUGAAAAUGCAUGUGAUUUGUGGAACAAUCUCUUGAAGAAUAAUUGCACUCCUGAUAAUGCCAUAUCGAGCACUCUUAUACAUUGGCUUUGUAAGGAGGGGAAAAUUUGGGAAGCGAGGAAGUUAUUUAGUGAGUUUCAGAGGGGUUCAAUUCCUAGUGUAUUGACUUACAACACGCUUAUUGCGGGAACGUGUGUGAGAGGAGAGUUGCACGAGGCAGGGAGGUUGUGGGAUGACAUGGUGGAGAAGGGAUGUGCGCCCAAUGCUUUUAUGUAUAACAUGUUGAUUAAGGGAUUUUGUAAAGUUGGUAAUCCGAGGGAAGGAAUUAGAGUUUUAGAGGAGAUGUUGGAAAAAGGGUGUUUGCCAAACAAGUCGACUUACUCUAUUUUGAUAGAAGGCCUCUGUGACUUGGGUAUGGAAGCAGAUGUUACCAAGGUGCUUUCCAUGGCUGCUGCAAGUGUUGAAAUUGAUACUGAUACUUGGGGUGUUUUUAUAGGCAAGGUUGCUAGAAACCUAGACAGUAGAGGAAGCAUGCUCGAUAAAAUAUUGUUAGAGGCUGCUUCAGCAUGACUGGAAUUACCUAACCGUGCUGAGCUAAGUCCUCGCCUGAAAUCAUUUAAGUCCGGUAGCGCCUUCCCCUCUCACAGCCAUUUUGUCAAAUUAAAGGCAUCUUUUGACCUGUAUAUGUUUCAGCCAUUGUCAUCUCAUUAACUAUUUUCAUUUUGAAUCUAGUAAUUUAUGUGAGUAUUUGUCAUGAUGGGUCUGUAGAAUACAGGUCAUAUGGAAAUCUAGAACCAUAUGCCUGAAGUGACCUUCUAAACCUACACAAAUUAUGUAGUUCAGUACACCUUGGAACCACUGGAACCACUCAAAUUACGAGAAAGAAAUCAAGUAUUUUAACAAGCGGAAUUCUUUGGGUACUCAACCAUUGGAACCACUCCAGUCAUUUAUUUGCCCAAUCACUAGGGAAGUUAUGGUGGAUCCAGUGGAGACUUCUUCAGGGCACACGUUUGAGAGAAGUUCCAUUGAGAAGUGGUUUGCUGAUGGGAAUAAUUUGUGUCCGUUGACCAUGAUACCUUUAGGCACAUCAAUUUUGCGGCCUAACAAAACUUUACGCCAAUCAAUUGAAGAGUGGAAGUAUAGAAAUACCAUGAUCACCAUUGCUUCCAUGAAACCAAAACUCUUGGUGGGACAGGAUGAAGAAGUACUUCAUUGCCUGGGACAGCUGCAGGAUCUCUGUGAGGAAAGGGACAUACACUGAGAAUGGGUAAUAUUAGAGAAUUACAUACCCAUCCUUAUUGAACUUAUUGGUGCCAAAAGUCGCGACAUAAGGAACCAUGCACUUGUCAUCCUCUGCAUCCUGGCAAAAGAUAGUGAUGAGGCUAAGGUACUCCUCGUUGUGAUUCUAACUGUGUGCAUUUGUGUUCGAUUUGUGCAUGUUUUUCUUUUCUCUUUUUUUUUUUCUAGCCUGAAGCCUUAAAUACUAAGUACAUCCAAUCUCUUUGUGAUUUGACUUCCUGUGUAUCUGCACAAGAAUGAAAUGCAGCUAGCUAUCUUGUAUAGGCUUGUUAAAGGUUG